GCAGCUACCUCCAGUCCGUAUACCAAGCCGCCCACGCGCACCCACCCAGCGCCCCUCGUAUGUAUCGCCUCCCCGGUUCCCUGCUGCUUCCGAGCAGUUGCGGUGGCUACUUUGGCCGACGGCGAACCCACUGUAUCCUCGGAAGAUUUGCAGGCAUCAUGUCUGACGCUAGUAGUAGUGAUGGAGUGGCAGUCCUAGGUGAUGCUGGAGAAGCUAACAAUUAUGAGCAGCCAUUGCCUGCUACUGAAGCACAGCCGCCUCCUACUCCAACUUCUAGAAUUUCAGUUAGGAAAGUCAUAGAAGUAAUCGAGACAUUCGAUGAGUACAAGAGAUGGCUUGUUACUGAAAUUGGGUUUGAUGGAAUGUUAAAGCUGCCUAUGCUCCAGAAGCUUAACCUCAAGUUCAGUGCUUGGACUAUGAGCAAGGUAUGCGUCGAGCGUCGAGCAAUUGUUCUGUCAGAAACCAAGAUUCUCAAGUUUUUUGCGGAGGACAUACACAAGGUGUUCGGCAUACCAUGUGGACACCGGAAUGUUAAAGGGCGUGAUGGAUUCAUUAAGCCAGAAGCUGUAAGAUUUAUUAAAACCACACUAGGGAUGGAUAAGACAGGAGUGCAUAGCCUACGCGCUGCCGAGGAAUUCCUUUUGCGUGACAUUUCCGAGACGUCCAGCAAGCUAGAGAAGGAUUGCUUCCAGAUUGCAUUCAUCAUUUUUGUGAUGGGGCAUGUGCUGGCACCCAGAACAAAACAUGAUUAUGGAACGAUAGACUACUGGGGUGCGCUGGCAAACACGGAGAAUAUUGCACAAUUCAACUGGUGUGAGUUUGUACUGGAGUUUUUGCUCGAGGGAGUCAGGCGGCUUAAGAAUGACAUGAUGGCCAACAACCCGAACACCAACCUGGUUGGUUGCCACUUGUUUUUGCAGAUUUUCUUCCUCGACAACGUUGACCUGGGACUUUUCAACAAGAAGCAUAAUGUCCUUCCUCGGAUUAGUGACUUUGACCAAAACAGCAUCAGAAACACGAUAACCAUGGCAACCGACAUUGGGAAGGGCCCUGCAUCAUACACAAAAUGCAUGAUUCGACAGGGCCAUGAUAUAUGCUAUGGACGCUGCAACAUCCAAGAUUCUACUGAGAGAAGCUCCAACAAGCAACUAGUAGGUGGUAAUAUGGAUCAACAUCACAGCAACCCAACCAAUGACAGGGAGGAGUCAGUGCAUGCAUCAUCAUCUGCAGCUGUCAACCUAAUGGAUGUGCAGACACCUCUACGAGCGCUCGGGCCAAUUGAUUUUGCAGAGCAUAUGCGUACCCGAUACCCUAGCUUGGUCAAGGACGAGUUGAGUUUCAUACUAAAGGAGCAGAAUGCCAAAUGCCAGCGUGAAAUCAACACUGCUCGUGUCAAUGUGCAGGCAGACAUGAUUAAGUUUGUCGACAAGUUGAUGACAUCGAUCAGCAAGAGGUGCAUUUGCUGUGCUGCUCGAGGUUUUACUGACUGUCCAGCAAGAGCAAUUCAGCCAUGCCCAGGGGUCGAAAUUCAGACUCCUAUUGGCCCGAAAAUCCCAUGCGUUAGGCUCGACAUGUCUGCUUGCAAAGGUGCCACGUCUCGCCCCAGGUCUGAUGGUGAUGAUCAGGGAGAACAGCAGCAGAACAAGCGGGCGCGCAAUGAUGAAGGAGCAGUCGCAGCCAUGACAGAACAGAUUAUUCCGUUUGCAAGGCAGACCCUACAGUCAGUAAGCAAACUGUUUAUUGACCUUCCGAAUGAUGGCAGUACAACGGUGUUUGGACAGAAGGCAGUCGUGCUUCCAGGAAGAAAAUAUGUUUUUAGGGCUGGUUUCCAAACUGACCCAUGGAUCAGGGGGGUUGUACCGUGCCCACCUCAGCCCUAUGUGUCUGAAUAGUUGGAAGGGUUCUUCAGUACGGCACCACCAGGAGAGCUAUCUAGGAACUUCCUUGUGCAUGAGAACCCAAGGUUCUUACGAAUAACCGGUGCAGCGAUGAGAAUGCAGUUGGUUCAAGACGAGCCAAUUGACCACGAGCUGAUGUUAGUGAUUAUUAGAAGGUACUGUCAGGCUGAUCAGGAAGCAAACAAACACUCGCCGUAUCUAACAUGGAGGCAUCCACUUGAACCAGAGUUCUCGACACUGGUAUUGUCAGAUCAUGAUUAUGUCCAUACGAUGUCUAUCUAGAAACCAUUAGGGGCGGAUGCGCUUAAGUAUGACAUCACAUCAGCUCAGCUGUUCUUCAUGCCUGUCCCACGCCCCGAAGGAUGGAUUGUAAUUUUUUGGGACAUGGUCACCCGCACGAUGUUUGUUAUCGAACCGAUGUACCACAAGAAAAGCCGACCCCUGACCACUCAUGAGAGGGACGAGAUUAUUGCUUGGAAGCUACACGAUGCCCUGUUCAAUUGCUUAGAUGAGUACUAUGCUGGGUGGCCCGUCAACAAAGAGAGAUGGAAUGUCAAGUUCCCCUGCUCUUGCCCAUAGCAUUUUCACUAAAAAUGAAACAGGUGCUUGCGUUGUUCACAUCACCGCCCAUUUCGACGGCAAGAAGCUAAAGCUGCCGCUAACCAAGCUUUAUCGCUCAGCCAUGUCUCACAUGAAAGCUACUGGUGUACCCUGUGUAGACUAAUUUUUCUGCCAACAUCAAUAUGCUCACUACCAUUUCUGAAUAUCAUCUUUUGCAGCACACCAUAUCAAAGACAAAGCGGGAAACGCUUUACGAGUGCAUGAAGUUGCAGGGCAAUUUCUCUUCCCACGCACGCGACACUCUGUGGCGCCUCCUUGCAUCGUCAGACUCCAUAUUUGAAUCAGAAUGAGUCACCCUUCUAUAUUUAUGUGUCUUUCAAUCUAGCCACUUGAUAAUAAGUGUCUUACAACUUAAGCCCCCGCAUCCGGUGUGUGAUCCAAGUCGAUGCCCGAGCGCCUCAUAGCUCAUCAUUGUAUUCAUGAAUUCGAAGUCCAAAUCAUAAGACCUGUACAUAAGAGCGAGCUACGAAAAGGGACAACAACUGUAUUGCUCACUGGUGCCGCCACGUCUGCUCUGACCUCACUCACUGUGGACAAGAAGUAAACAACAUUAUCACGUAACAUCAUGCACACUUUUGGUAUGAACAUUAGCAGAAAACAAGGGGGCUCACCUGCUGUUGGCAAAGCUGGCAUCAUCUCUCGACGGCCUCCCGGGAACUUGCUUAUGAGGCCAGCGUGCAAGUUGUCGUCUGCCCUUUGUUUUGGAUCCACCACAUACUCCGCCGAAUCUGGAACGCCACUAUCGACCACUGCAUUUGCUGGUGUCAUCGGUGAAUCAGAAUGUAGCCUGGUUGGUUCAGCUCCACCGUCUACAGCUUGACCUGCAAUACAAAACACAUUCCACGUGUUAGCCCAGUACAAACUAAAGAGCUGAAUGAAGCUCUGGGACACUGGGCUCUAGUGGGUGUGCAAACUGAACCGACGGCACUCUGGAAUCUAUUGGCGGUGCAAAUUGAAGAGCUGGGACACUGGACUCUACCGGUGGUGCUAUCGUGCUUUGUCCGGCGAUCCGCAAGCGCGGUGAAUCAUCUGUCUGUGCUGCCAGCUCUGUCCAAUGCCAUCACAAUCUCUAUUAAGCAUGGAUCCUCUGCAUCAAUUUGCCGGAUGCGGCUCUGCCUUCUGGCUUCAUAACCACCUUCAUUGAUUACAACUGGCUGCUCUCGAUCCCUAACGGCUUGCGUUUCUCUACCUGCAACACAUCGAUGCUGAAUCGUAUCCAUCACAUUCUGCACAUAGUACACAAAGGACAAAAGUUAUUUGAACAACAAUCACAAUCACAUGUUCCGUGCAACGGGGUGAAGAACAACUAGUGCAAUUUGUAGUUGAAGUUUGUCCGAAACAUACCAUUUUCCUGGCUCCGGGACCUGGACCCUUCAAAGCUCAUUUCAUCCUCUGACUAAGCAGUUGAAUUGGUGUUCUUCAUGUGGCCAUUUUCAGCGCUGAUAAUAGCCAGCAAGCCAGGUUGACCAGUGACACCUUCAUUAUUAAUUACAUCUGCCUCGUCAUACGAGUCAUACACUGGAACUGCAAAUUUUGAAAUGCAAUUAUCAAUAAACUAACAUUUCAGAUUCUCUUGCUCAUCCAUAGCAUAAUGCAUCAAUGUUAUGGCUGUCUUGAGUGCCCACCUGUUGGUUUGGUACAAUCGCUCCCAAGCUCCUCAACAACAAAACCUUGAUUCCAUAUAGCAAGCUGCAUAUCAUUUGAUAUAUGUUCUUCAGUGUCAGUCUGUGCAACGCCUGUCAGUGUGGCCAUGGUCUGGUUCUGACCACUCAAGUUGUCUUCCCCUUCGGCUGCUCCUUCUUCGGCACCUCCUGUGUCCAUGUUGGCACUGUCCAAGCUUGGAUCACCAUUAUGUGCUCCCACUCCUGCAUUUCCAUUGUUUGCUGCAAAGAGCUGAAAGUUUGCCAAUGAAGAUUAUUAGUAAGCAGACACUAAAGCAUCAUGACAUCGACAAUACUUCAAGUUUGCUCUGUUUUACCGAAUUAGUUGUAGCUGCCAUUAGAGGGUGCCACAUCCAUACUUGCUGCAGCAUGUAUCCUUCUAGCCUGGUCUGUAAACCACAUUUACAUUUUCAUCAUUUUCAUCAUUG